AUGCCGUCCGAAGAAACCGUUUUCAUUUUACGAAACGCUUGUUUUCAAGAUCACAUCAAGCCAAUCCGUUUACCAUCGAAGGGGGAUGUUGUUGGCGUAAAUAGACAGCUUGAAGUAAGCGGAUGGGGAAUAGUUAGCGAUUCAGGCACAGUGGCGAGUCGCAAUUUAAAUUAUGUUCAACUUCACAGUAUCAGCAAUUCAGCAUGUGCGCGUUUGUAUGGAUCAAGUGUCAUUGUUUCAAGUACCCUAUGUGCAUUAGGAGAAACCAUUGAAAGCACUUGCAGUGGUGACAGUGGUGGAGGUCUUAUAAAACGAGAGAACGGAGAAGCCACGCAUGUUGGGGUUGUAAGUUUUGUAAAUGACGCUGGUUGUUCACUUGGAGCCCCCUCAGGAUACGUCCGCACUGAGUCUUAUUUGGAUUGGAUUUCCAGCCAUACAGGCAUCCCAGUCUAACUUUGUCAUUUAUUAAUGAUAUAAUUGUUUUAUAAAUUACCAUAAAAUGCAUAAAAUAAAAUCGAAUAAUGCA